AUGUGUGAUUGUUGUAGUGGACAGAAACGGAGGCGAGAUGAAGAUGAUUCCACUUCGGUACAGGAUGAAGAAGAUAGUCGAAGCGGACUCACAAUGGUUUCCAUACCGAAAGGAAAAGAGAAAGAUGUGGAAUAUUCUGCACCGAAAUCACAAAAAUUGACGGAUUUGGAUGAAGAGGGUAUCAAGGAAGGAGAGGAUGGCAAUGUCAUCGAACAAACGCAUUAUAUUAUCAUACCAUCGUAUGCAGCAUGGUUUGAUUACAAUGCUAUUCAUCAAAUCGAAAAACGUGGCGUGCCUGAAUUUUUCAACGGACGGAACAAAAGCAAAUCACCAGAAGUGUAUAUGGCUUAUCGGAAUUUCAUGAUUGAUACAUAUCGUUUGAACCCUUUUGAAUAUUUGUCAUCUACGGCAUGCCGAAGAAAUCUCGGCGGUGAUGUAUGCUCCAUACUACGAGUGCAUUCAUUUUUGGAACAGUGGGGUCUUAUAAAUUAUCAAGUUGAUUCGGAAGCACGUCCAGCACCAGUAGCACCGCCUUGUACUUCUCAUUUUAUGAUACUGGCUGACACACCAAUAGGCGUUCAACCUAUACAACCAACUCCGAAUCUCUCUCAGAGUGAUGAAGCAAAAAAAGGAAAAGAAAAAGUUAAAGAGAAAGAUGAUGAAAGUACAAAAGACGAGGGUAAUGUAACGAUUAAGAUUGAAAAAUUGGGUGACGCUGGCCUGAAAACCGAUAUGUAUGCAAAGCAUCUUUCCACGAUGAAGAUGCGAGGAGCAGCUCCGAACAGAGAUUGGACUGAUCAGGAAACACUGUUGUUACUGGAAGGUUUAGAAAUGUUCAAAGAUGAUUGGAACAAAGUUGCUGAUCAUGUCGGAUCUCGCACACAAGAUGAAUGUAUCAUGCGGUUCUUGCAGUUGCCUAUCCAAGAUCCAUAUUUAGAAGAAGGAGGUGCCGAAGCUGAAGUUUUAGGCCCUCUAGCUUAUCAACCAAUGGCAUUCAGCCAAGCAGGUAAUCCAAUAAUGUCGACAGUAGCAUUCCUCGCAUCCGUUGUCGAUCCGCGUGUUGCAUCCAAGGCUGCAAAAGCUGCAUUAGAAGAGUUUGCGAAAAUGAAAGAGGAAGUACCUCCGCUUGUUGCCGAAGCGCAUGCCCUUAACGUAGAAGCGGCAUCAGCAGGUGGCAAGAUUGACGGCAGCGCAGGCCUGAGUGUUUCGGGAAUUGCUGAUGACAAAACUGACAAAGAUAAGGAACCAGAACCUAUGGAUGUUCAAUCUGAAGAAAAUAAAAGUUGUUCUUCAUCGGAAGGAAACAAGGAAGCUGUCGAAUCAAAUGAAAAGCAGAAAGAUGAGAAUAAAAGUAAAGUUUCGGAAACAGUACAAGCAGCAGCAGCUGCAGCUCUCGCUGCAGCUGCGGUUAAAGCAAAGCACCUAGCUGCAAUAGAAGAAAGACGCAUUAAGUCAUUAGUUGCCCAAUUAGUCGAAACACAAAUGAAGAAACUGGAAAUGAAGCUACGUCACUUUGAUGAACUUGAAGCAAUAAUGGAUAAAGAACGAGAAGCACUUGAGUAUCAACGGCAGCAACUGAUUCUGGAACGACAGUCUUUUCACAUGGAUCAAUUACGUUAUCUUGAACAGCGUGCUAAACAUGAAGCACAGUCAAAGCUUGUUGCUGGUGGUCAGCUAUCGGCAAGCUUCUUACCACCUGGUUUUGAAGUUAGCAGUUCAACUCAGGAAAUCGAAAUGUUAGGUCAACUACCACCAAGUUCAUCACCUGGUUUCGAAGUUAGCAGUCCAUCUCAGAAAAUCGAAAUUUUAGGUCAACUACCACCAAGCUUACCACCUGGUUUUGAAGUUAGCGGUCCACCUCAGCCGCAGCAACAAGUGCAGGUACCUGCACAUUCUAUGGGUGUUUCAACUUCCUCCUCUGUGUCAUCUACUUGUCCGCCAGCUGUAGGUCUAUCAUCGAUGCAAGGACAAAUGCCUCAUGAUAGCGCCCAAAAAACGGAAACCUCAGAGACUUCAGCUACUGGAGUAUCAGCCGCUAUGCCUCAAGCAUCGCACGCACUUGUUCCAGCUUCUUCUGUAGUGACACCGCAAACAAGUAUUACUGCGGUACCACUGCAACCAAAUAUAACUGCAGUACCAUCUCAGUCAAGUAUGAAUGCUAUACCACCGCAACCAAACAUGACUGUGGUACCACCUCAAGCAAACAUGUCUGCAGUACCAUCGCAGCCCAACAUGACUGCGAUGCCACCACAGAUGCAACAACAACAACAUCCACAAACCCAGCAACACCCACAGACCCAGCAACACCCACAGACCCAGCAACACCCACAAACCCAACAACAUCCACAAGCUCAACAACCCCAGCAAACUACCCAGACUAUACAGCCGCCACCUCAGCAAUCAAGCUCUGCAGCUGGUACAAUGAAUGUCCCUCAAGUGAUGACUGUACAGCCCCAGCAGCAUAUCCCACCACAGCAGCAGCAGCAAGCCCCGCCACCUCAGCAACAAUAUCAGCAACCCCCGGUCCCACCUCAGCAACAGCCACCAUCUCAGCAGCAACCUUAUCCACCCCAGGGCGGUUAUCAGCCGCAGCAACAAUAUCCACAAUAUGCGCAGAAUACUUCACCACAACAGUAUCCUCCACAAGGUUAUCAAAAUACGCCAUCACAAGGAUAUUACGGGCAGCCUGGAGCUCGACCGCCUUAUCCACAGCAAUAUCCACAACGACCGACCUACCAACAACCAAUGCAGGCCUAUGGGCAACCAGUACGGCCAAAUUUUCCGCCGACGUCGGUAGCAGCUCCACCACCAGGUCAAAACUAUGGUUAUCCUCAAGGCUACCCACCACAAGGACCACAGUAUGCGCCGCCGGGUGGUUACGCGCAUCCGCAAGGACAGCAAGCACCUCCGCCGACCUCAAUUCCUCAACCAGUAGAGUCUUCGGAUGCUGCUACGCCACCUAUGCACCAGGGAACGCCGUCUAAUCAGCAAUAA